GGGGCAGCAGUCGGGAAGGCGGAAGCGACUGGCUGAGGGGAGCCGGGGGGAGUCUCUGGCGGUUCAAUAUGGCGGAGAUGUUCUCCCUGAGGGAAGUGCUGGUGGCGUUCACAGCCUGCGUCAGCGAGCAGCGGGAAGUCCGCGUGGACCCGUACCUGGCGGGCUGGAAAGGCCUGGUCCGGUUUCUGAACUGCCUGGGCACAAUUUUCUCCUUCAUUUCUAAAGAUGCAGUGACCAAAAUAGAGAUAAUAGAGAAUUACCGUAAUAGUGACCAGCGAGAAAAGUACUUGACCGUUCAAUCCAUGGUGGAGUAUGAGGUGGCUAAUGGCCUGGUUGAUCUCCAAAAGCGAUCCAACUCAGGCUGCAGAACCUUGUUGCGCCUGCACCGAGCCCUUCACUGGCUGCAGAUGUUCUUGGAAGGACUGAGGACUGGCAAGGACAACUCCAAAACCUCUGUGAUCUGCUCAGAGACAUACAAUGCUUCCUUGGCUAACUAUCAUCCCUGGAUUAUUCGCAAGGCUGCUGGGGUGGCUUUUUGUGCAUUACCCACUCGAAAUACAUUCCUUGAAACCAUGAAUGUGGGCACAGCUGAAGAGGCUGUGGCUAUGCUGGGGGAUGCUUUGCCCUAUAUCUGCGAAGUCUAUAAAAUCACAGAGGAGCUCUAUGCCCAACACAAACUGCUUGACCUCCCCUAGUGUAGGGGAUGUUUGAUUAAAAUAUCUCAAUAUUGUAAUUGCUGGAAGAGUUCACUAUAUUGGGGGUGGUGGGGCAGUCAUGUAAAUAAGUGGUUAUUUGCACUAAGGACUGGAUUCUUUUCCUCUCCCCCUACCCUGCCAUCUCCAGUAGGUCUCUAGUAGAGCCCAUAAAUAAUCUGAUUGAUUCUCUUUUAGAAGGCCAAAGAGUGCUGACUUAAUUCUUGGCUCCCCUUUUAUUAGAAGAAAUUUGGAAUAAACAUUCCAAAUCCCAUGUUAGCUUGUUUAAACUUAAAGGAUUUCUCUCUCUCCUCUGCACUGAACUCCUUUUUCAAAACUUUAUCAGGUCUUUAUUUGUAAAAGCCAAACAAAGCCCCCAGCCACAAGCGAUCACUUAAUCUUUGUAGCUCCAAUGCCUUUAAACAAAAGUAGUGAGGAAUCUCCCUUUGUCCUACUCAUGGGAUAAUAUUAAAAUUCAGCUAAACUAGGGUUGGAACCUCUCGCUGUGGUAUUGUAGGGCCUGUGUACAGAUGACACUCAUUGCCAUUCAGCCACUUGUUCUCUGUUUAGGUUAACAAGGCAAUUUGUGUUACAGGGCCUGGUAUUUUGGUUUUGCUGCACUGCAACACAGGACCCUUGAAAUUAUGACGCUUUCUUACAACAGAGUGAGCAACUGAUUGCAGACCACCUUCAUGGCAGCUGGUCAUCACUUGCACUGGAUAACACUUCCUGCCCAGUCUUCUCCCACUCAUCCUCACAAAAACUAAAUGGUUUGGAGGUGUGGUAUAAGGAUAUGUCAUUCCCUCCCCCCUCCCAUUUUUGUGUUGUGCUGUUGAGACAGGAAGACCCUUUGUUAUUUCCUCCCUCCCCCCAGUUUUGCUGCUUGGCAUCAUGCCUUUUGGGGGUGGGGAAUAAUCUUGAGUGCAGACUGCACAGUACUGAAUCACAGAAUAAUUCAGAGCUUUAUGGAUGUUGAGGCUACAGGUACAGAAACUAUCCCUAGAGUAGACUUUAGGAAAUAAUAGGAAUGCUGAAAGCCUAGUGAAAUGAAGUCCUGCUGGCUGGGUGGGGUAAUUAUGAUUUAUGAUAUACAUAAAAUCAUAGUGUUUGCUGAAGCUUAAUGCAUUCCAGUCCAAAUCAAUCAUAAGCUUUAAAAGGAGGGUAAAUCUUCAUGCAAGUUGUAAGUGUAAAAUUGUUUUAGCAAGAAUUCCUACAUAUGUUGUAUAUACAAUAGGUGUAUACAUAGGAAGAGGGAUGCAAGCUGUUUAUAAAAUAAUGAAUUGUACUUUAUCAGAUAUUUUCAAAAUUUAUCUUUCACAACAGUGCAUGGAUAUUUCAGAAAGAACACUAAUACUACUGCUGUAAAACUAUUUUAAGACAACGUUCACACCUCACACUGUGCCCCUGUACAUUUUACAGUGAUCUAGAUAAUUGGAGGCAUUUAAAUGGCCAAUAAGGCCACAAUGCUGGAAUUGAUUAUUACCUCAUGGGUUUGCUAGCCACACUACUCUCCCUUAAAUUACAUUAAUAACUUGCCUCCAAAGAGUGGCGUUGUACAGGAAUGCCUGCCUUUCUCAGGUCUUUGAAGGCAUGUGAUCUUGGGUCUCAUACAUUCAGGGCAUAUUGAAACCAAUAAUGAAUGGUUGCUUAAUUAGUCAUUUGGCUAGUAAUCAGAAAUGAGACUAAAUAAAUUUAACAGUGGAUUCUAAACUCUCAGCUGCAGCAUGCAUCUCUAGACCCUGCAGAUCAGAAUCUGUCCAUAGAGUAUUUCUUAGCUUGAGGAUCAGGAAAGGAGGGGGUUUUCCCUCAUCUGAUCCAAGGAUAGAUGUUUACCCACAGUGAUUAAAAGGUAUUUAUGUCUCUAGUAUAGCUCUGUGAAAUGUGCCAUUUUCCUUUCAUGUUAAGAUAUUAAUUUAGAAAAGCCCCUUUUAAAUUUACUGUAACUUUAAAAAUGCUGUUUUACACACAAUGCUAUGGGGUAGAUCCCCCACAUAUUAAGACAAUUCAGGUAACUCAGUGUUCCAGUGUCUAAUAAAUACUGGCUGGUUUUUGUUUUAUUUUAGCUAAAUGAGUUUUCUUUCUGGUCAGAUGUUCUUGAUAUUUCAUCUAAAAUGUCAUGUUGCAUAUUUUGCGUAUGAUCAAUUUCAUAAAAUAUUUUAAAGUAUCUCGCACUACAUAUGAUGUGAAAAAGCUGCAUGUAUUGUAAGUAAUAUCUGCAUAAUGCCUUUGUUCCAAAGGUUUAAUAUAAAGAGGGAAAUAUGUGAAAACUGUUUAUCCUCCACCAGUAUGUCCAAGCUAAA